CUCACACUCACAAAACUUCCGUACACAAGUACACAACAAGUCUCUACAACAAAAAUCCUAAAAAUAGUAAAAAAAAAAGACACUGAAAAUUAUAAAAAAAUAAAUAAAAAGACACAUUUAGUACAUAAACACCUUUAAAAAUAUAAAAAAAUACAUAAAAACUAAGAAUAAAAACAAGAACAAAGACGAUAGCCACACUAGUAUAUAGCGGUAUCGUUAGACUCUAGGAAUUGGACAGGGAGACUUUAUAUAGAAAAGUGAAACGCAAUGACGGAUGAUUCCAGUAAGAAGCAUAUAACGUACCAGGAAUCGAAAGAGUCACCACAGCAGGAUGUGGUACCCCAGGAGUCGCCACAGCAGGAUGUGGCACCCCCGGAGCUACCACUACAGGCUGUGGUACCCCAAGAGUCACUACAGCAGGAUGUGAAACCUCAGGAGGCGCCACAGCAGGAGGUGAUAACUCAGGAGGCAUCACAGCAGGAUGUGAGACCUCAGCAGUCAUUACUAAAUGAUGUGACAUUCGAGGAGUUAUCACUGCAUGAUGUGGCAAUCGAGGAGUCCUUAGUACAGGAUUCGGUACCCCGGGAGUCAUCACAACCCGAUAUGAAACUCCAGAAGUCAUCUGUGAAAGACCAACGGCUAGCGGAGAAAAAGCGGCAAGUUCAAGCAGCCUGCCUCCGACUGAAGCAACAAGAGCUUAAGGAGAAAAAGGAGAGAGAGGAGCUAUUGAAAGCGAUCCAGAAAGAUAUCUCACAAUACGAGACUGAGAAAUCCGAUUCAUCAACGAUAUACACCACAUCUGAAGCCACUUUAAAGGUAAACGAAUGUGACGUUCAAGAAGAAGAUGAGGAGAAGAUGAUGUUGGAGGAAAGUGAGAGCUCCUCCUCGGUUGCUUCCCCCAAGGAGCUUAGCGACUUGGACAGCGAGGAUUUCGAUGAUCCCAUGCGGAAGAAGGUUCAUGAUCUAAUGUUGGUGCCCAGCCUCUCUGAUUUUUCGGUGUCCGAAGACCGUGUCGUAAAACCCGUAAUGUCUAUGAAAUCAUUUGCCUCUUCUAUGCAUCUAAUCCGAACCGAGACUGACAGCUUGGAGUCUGAAUCCGAAUCGGAUAGCAUGGAGUCCCGGACUUCAAAUUUCGAGCCUGAAAGAGUGGGUGGUUCCAGCGAAUUAAUCGCUGCAAGUCCCAUGUCUGUCGAUAUCCAAGAAAUUGAGUUUGAUGAAAUCCAACCCGUGAAGAAGAGUAUAGAGUUCGCUGAGUUUCCCAUUGAUGUUUUUGUUAGGGAAUCCUCCAUUGUAGUGGAAGAUCCAUAUAUCGACGAGACCAUAACGAUUGUAAACGAUUUCUUUAACUUGCUCAUGAGAAAAGUAAUUGCUGAUGAAGAUCCCAACGAGGUAAAACGGAACAAGCUGGAUAAGAAUAAGCUUCACAAGGGCAUAUCCGACUGUGUGGCGCAGUACUUGGAAGUCGCGGCAAUGAACAAAAUUUUUAACGAUCUGAUGGCCGAACACUACCGUCUCAAUAAAAAUAUCCGCGUCUUAGCCGAGCUAUCGGAGGAGGAAAAUAUGAGCUACUACAAACGUUACAGAAUUGCAAUGGACAGUGUGGGGCAUGCAGAGGAACGCGUUGCCAUGGCCAAGGCCUUGGCCCACAGGGUGAUCGUUAAGGCGCAAUUAGAGCUGACUAGUGGCGUCCACUCUGCACUGGGCACCGAGCAUCGCUUCGAGCAGGAUGUCCGCCACAUCCUAGUCCGGCCAGAUUCCGAGACUGAUCUACUGAAGAGAUUGAUUGACCGCGAGCUGCGAUGGAUGCACCGCCACCGGGUAGAGAUCAGCUACAAAAGGUUUGUGCUGAUUAUGCUGCAACACGAUCUAGCCAAGUUAAAGGAAGAUAUACACAAGCUGGAUACGGUGGCUGAUCGUGUGAGCAUGCAGGACUUCUUAAGCCUGCAGGCUAAAGUCCAGCAUUUUCAACUAAAGAUUGAAGAUCGAAAUACUGAACUGAGCAAGUUGUGGGCGCAGUACCAAAAAGAUGUGUAUCAGGUUCAUAAUAACAGAGAAAAAACACUGGCACUGCAGGACAGACUAUUAAUUUUAAAAAGGCAGUUGGCCAUAAAGUUCGAAACUAAAAACUACCUUAAGAAGGAGCUGUUUGAAGAGAAAAUGAAGCACAUAAGAAUACGGGCGAAGAGCAACGAACUUGCCUUCCAGGGCGGCAUCCUUUCGAUGCCAUCUCUGAUGUCCGACUACGACAGGACAAUGGCAUACAUCGAGCAGAAGCAAAAGAGCAUUGCCGGACUCAAGGAAACCGUGAGAUCCCUUAACCAGCGCUUGGGUUCCCUGUCUUUGAAGAGUUCAUUAACCAAUGUAAUAGCGUAAUUUCACAAUAAAGCAACCAGAGAUGAAUCUUCUA